UGCUACCUUUUUUAUUUUAGGAUACAUUCAGAAGUUUGAUAUGUUUAUGGUGGAAAAGUGGCCCCUGAUUCAAUCGUUCGCCCUUGAAGGCAUAGGUGGAGGAAGCUUUUUCACGCUCAAAUACGAGGUAGUUGAUAUGAGUGAGAAGCUGUGGCAGGUUUACAACAAACUUGAUCCUGUGUCCCUGGAUAAUCUGUUAACUGAGGGCUUGGCAGGCUUUGAGAAGCAGUGGAGUUUCUUCUUCUCCAGAAUCGACCUAGAGAGUCACCUGUCCAUCUUGGAUCUGUCUGAGGCACAGGCAGGACAGGCUUUCCGUUUGUUCUACUCUCAUGGACUGAUUUCAAACAACAUAUCAGAUAAAAGCAAAAGUCGGCAGCCUUUUGUGCUGUUUGGAAAGCACUCUUCCUCACAUGAUCUGGAGAGCAUUUCAUUUAACUUUCCUUCAGAGAGUCAUCAGGUUCGCAACACAGGGCCUCAAGGUUCAACAGCCAAACACAUGAUUCUGCAGUGUGUGGAUGCUACAGGACCUUUGGCCUGUUCACGAACAUAUUUCUUUGGGACUACUCAUACUCCAUAUCUUGGCAUUCAGAUGACGGAGCAAAAGAAAACAGAAGUUCUAGUUACAUCACAGGUUUACUCUGCUGCUGUUCAGGGUGUCUUGUCUGGAAUAAAAUGCUACUCUAGGACCUCUAGUUAUACCAAGGCUAAAGAUGUUGCUGUGAACACGUUUCUUCUAUCGUUGGACUCGAUGAAUUUAGGCCACUAUCGUAGUCCUUUGGGGUCCAGAUGUGAAUUCAGCAUUCAAGCUGUGAAUAAUCGAGGAAUUAUAAUUCCUCUGACUGAUGAGGACAGCUGUCAUCUAGUCAAAACAGCUUCCCUGAUUGUCAGUGACAUCCCAGCCCUAGAGGAAAACAGAGGAGACUUGGGCACUGUGGUCUACUCUGAAUCUUUUCUGGAGUCCAGCAUCAACAUUCAACAGAGAGAUGGCACCAUGUCCUCAGACAGCUGCUAUACCAUCCUAACUGCAAAUGUUCCUCGCUACGCCUGCUGGCUGAUGGAACCUGAUGUCAGGCAGUCUGAACAGGCUGUGCUAAGCCUCUCUAAGAAGGAGGGUGAUUGUUGUCUAGGAGGUUGUCUGACUGUAGCAGAUGCUGCAUAUCUGCUCUCCAGUGGCCAUCUCUGCUCACCUGACGAAGGUAAAAUAACUUUCUUCUCUGAGGGACUCCUGUUUAUCCACUCUCAGUUUGGGUCCAUCACUCUCUCAAAGAAUCAUAUUCGCAAACUCAGCUUUUGUGCUCCGGGACUCUCUAGAGUGGGGUCGCUGUUUGUAGAGUAUGAGGCAAGUCUGCUUCCACACCUCCCGUUCCCUCUGCACAGCUCUGACCAGUGUCUGGUCUUUGCUCUUCAGUGCAGAUCUAAGAGCUACAAGGCCUUCUAUGCUAAGGUUUUACCAGCCUGGAAAAAUCCUGAAACUGGACUCUGUGUGCAACAUGUGGACCAAGAGCAGCUGCCCAUGAACCAAAGAAAAAUGCACACCAGACUUCAGGAACUACACGGCAGUCAAGAGCCACCUGUUGCUAAACGCAAAGAUAACCUAAACACUUCUCACUCCAAGCUGCCAGAGUUGGAAAUGUUUCUUCAACACUUUGCUUUAAGCAGUAUUAGUCAGGAGCCUAUUCUGUACGACCACCUGGAGGCGCUGUUCCCCUCUGCAGAAUUAAGGAACCAGGCCUAUCAGAGGGGAGACAAGGUUAUCAUUAAUAUAAUCACUGGACUUCCAGGGAGCCAUAAGAGCAUGCUUUGUAAAUUUUUAGUGGAUCCAAACAAGAAAGGUGGAAGGUGGGUGGUGUAUGAACCUGACAGCUUCUCAGCCUCACACUUGCAGCAGUAUUUGUCGAGCUUCUUAGAGAGCCACAGAAAACAAGGCAAGACUCGCCUGUUGCUGCUAACACCCGGAUACACAGAUGUUCUGGAUGUUAUCCAGGCUGUGCUCUUCCAUCCAGAUCCAGGUGUCCAAGGCUGUUUCACCAUCGGUGCUGUCACUGCCUGUGUGAACCCGCUUGCAUCUUUUAUGGAACAUCGGUUUGCUUUCCCCAAGCUGUUGGAACAGUGCAGUCAAGGUAUUGUGAGUACAGUGGUGUUCACUGGGCUGACAGCAGAGAAGAAGCACCCUCUCAUGCAGCAUGUUCAGCAGUUGGUACGCUCGGCUAACCCCACCGCUGCCUUCAUACUGGCAGAAAGAGGAGCUGUCACCAGGAAUGAAGACGUGAGCCUGAUACUGUCUAAGAGCAGCUUCAGCGAGGCGCAGAUGCUGAGAGCGCGUUACGUCCUCUACCCUGGAUGGUGCAAAGGACGCUUCUUCUCUGGUUCAGGGUCUGCCAUCGUCACCCAGCAGCGUAUAGCUUUCAGCCGACCCCUAGAGAGGCCUCUGUUUGUCACCCGCUGCAAAGCAAUCAAGUCAUCACUAAAGCCAAGUCCGUUCAGAGGAAAUGUGUACAACAUCUGGGGGAAGGUCAGAUUUUCGGACUCGAAUCGAACCAUGGACGUGUUCUAUAACACAGUUAGCGAGAGACUGAGUUUGCUCCCAGACGAGAGCACCGCCUGUCUGCCUGCAGCCCCCCCACAGACCAGCACACCCUGCUUCCUGGUCUUUGAUGGCGUCGAUCUCAGUCAGGAAGAACUGAAAGUCUGGCUGAGACUCUGCACCAAACAGCAGGACAAGAAAGCAAUGAAAACCAGAGCCACCCUGUCAGAACAAGAAAUCAAGAGCAUACAUACGGCCCGACACCUGGAUCCCCUCCCACCGGGUUAUUUCUACAAUGGCUAUCUAUAUCAACACAUCUACGGAGAAAAAAGAAGCUUCCAUCCUAACAUGGAAGAGUUUAUUAAAGAAUACAUUUCUGAGGCCAACAAGGAGAUCGAGCAGUUCAACCAUCAGCUGGAACUGGAGCUCCAGGGACAGCCAGACAUGUUUGAUCUGUGAUCUGAUUGCUUCUAGUAUUAGGGACGAGAGCGUUCAAUGAGUAAUCACACCACAUGUCCUCUGAAGGUGCCGUCUAUCAACCUCAUUCCAUUGUCACUUUUCAAAUGCAGGAAGAUUAGGCUGAGGUGUGUUUUUGAGUCAUUCCCAGUCAUUAAUAUCAAACACCGACUGUCUACCCUAUUUGUCGUUUCACAAAACUACAGAUAAAAAAGGCAUUUGAAUCAAAAUAGGCAGAGCAGAUAGAUCCAAAAACAAAGCACAACUUUAAGCUGUAUAUGAAUGCAGCACCAAGUCAGCAAGCUGUGGCCCCGUCACAGUCAAGGGGAUUUCCAAUAACACUCUCUCCCUGCUUGAGCAUUUCUGUUUGUCACAGUCGGCGAAUUAAUGCUUCUAUUUCUGGGCUGGCUUGAAUAGCUGUGUGAUCCUGGUAGGCUCCCUGGUGAGGUUUCUCAAGAAUUGCUCCUCUUCUGUUGUCACCCAAUCUGUGGUCCACCUGUUGGCUUGUUUGGACGCCACACUGGAGCAGAGGGAGCGCCUGGCCAUGAAGCGGUAAACAUUAGAAAGCCCCUUGGCUCAAUGGUGCCGUUUCUCCGGUUCCCGUUUCUUUGAAAAACCCUGCAGGUGAUUCUAAAGCUAACAAAGUCUGAAUUAAUUUAGGAUGACCAGACGUCCUCUUUUUCCCGGACAUGGCCUACUUUUCAGAACUAAGAAAAUGUCCGGGGGGAAUUUCAGAAUCGUCCGGGAUGUUGGUCGACUACAGUGCAGCACGUAGUCAAAACCGGGAGCCAGCAAGGGAAGGAGCGACUGAACCUGACCCGAUAACUAUAGUCCGGACAUCUGCGUCCCCUUGCUUCCCCCCGCCUGCCUUACCGGUCCCCAGUCCCCCUCCUCGGGCUGAGGACGGGCAGCUCAUGGCUGUCUGCUGAGGUCCGGUCUAGUCAGCGGACCAGCAGUCCCACCCCCACCCCCCCCCGUCCAAAUAAAAAAUGUCCUUCUUUUCAGAAACCCAAAUCUGGUCACCCUAAAUUAAGUCCCUGAAGCUGUAAGUUCAAACCUGUUUGACACAAGGAUAACAUUUCAACUCUACAUUUAACCACUUUAAUCGCUUGUUUCAAAGAAAAGAAUUAAACCAAAAUGUUUUUCACAAUGUUCCUUGAAAAAUUGUCUUAGGUGACAAACAGACCUAAUUUCACUGCUAAAGGAGUUGCUUUGCUGUUGUUUGCUCUGCGAUUCAGUUUAUUGUUAUACACAUCUCUGAAGUUCUACAACUUUUAGUUAAAUGUGUUUAAUUAUCAGUGAUUUCUCUGGUAAAUACUUGCUAGUAUUUGUGACGCUGCAUAUUAAUGUAGUGAGGCCUUUAUUUACUAAUUAAUCCUGGUAUGAAAAUUUUUUUUUUUUUUUAGAUUUGCUUACAUAUGCAGAUGUUACACUGCAAAAAGGGAACUAAAAGUGACUAAAAUUUUCUUGGAUUUAAACUUGAUUUAAGUUGGGAAGUAAAAUAAUUUGCCAUUGGAAUAAGACUUUGUGCACUUAAAAUAAAACCUCUCCAUCGGGGUUCUGAAUAGUCUAUUUGAACAUAGCAAGCUGCUAUGCUGCAAAUUUCUCACCAUUACACUGAGCUUAGACUGACUGACCAUUCGAAUGUCAUCUGGGCUUCCUCCCUCAUGGUUCUUUCCAGCAUAUUUCAGUGCAACAGCUGCUUACGCUGACAGUUGUCAAAAUGACACAUAAAUGAGGCUGAUGCACUGGGUUUUAAUGAGCACAACAGUUGCAGAAACUUUGUUUUUAGAAAUGUCUAUCUCCUUAUGUACACAUACUUUUCUAUGAAAACAUGAAAUCCACAGCUUUCAGCCUGUAGAAUUGAAUCAGACACCCUGGGUGCUUGCAGGUGAAUGCCUGCGCUACCACCCCACCAGCAGACAGAGUUCUGUUUCUACACAAUAAAAUGCAGCGUUGCUGCGGCUGCAGGUGGAUCAACACGUCUCUCUGGGUUAAAUCAUUUAAGUACAAAAUCUAAACCAAAAUAAGAAAACAUGUCUUAGAACCAGUGUUGUUGCCCUAAAUUUUAGGAGGUAAAUAUGAGGAUCUGGCAAUGGGAUACUGUAAUUAUUUUUGCUCUUAAAUAAUUUUGAUGUUGUUCACUUGAAAUAAGAUAAUGGGUUUUAUUUUUUUUUCUAAUUUUUCUAAUUCCAUGGGCAAAUUGUUUUCCAAAGUUUCUAAAAACAAAAGAAAAUUCUUAUUUCAAGAAAGCAAUACUUAUGUUUCUUUAAUAAUUGAACGUAUUUUAGGGGCCAAAAUACUAAUUCCGUUUACAGAUAAUUUAAUUCAUCUGCUCAGCUAAAGCUAAUAGACUUACUUCAAGAGAUUUUUCCUUUGUUUUAUUAUUAUUAUUAUUUCAUAUUUAGAUUUUUGCAGUGUAAAUAUUGAAAUAAGCUAAUCUUUAUGUAUAUCCUGAACUAAAACUCAAGCUAAUGCUGUUGAUCCUGUCUUCUCUUCUUAAAGUCCAGUUAGUGGAACCCACACUUCGACUGUUCCUGUAGACAGUAGUGAAAUACCUACAGUUAGAAAUUUCACCAUUGUUAUAUUCACACAGAGAGGAGUUUAUAUAAUAUUACAAAUUCUUCUCUAACUAUCCUCUAUGUGAUUGUAGUCCAAUACCUUUGUGUGUUUUCGAUAUAUACACUUACGCCUGCCUCUUAUAGGACGGUGCUGAAACACAUGAGCUGCUGAACUCUCAGGCUCCCACAGCUGGUCCUCUCUGCCACCUCUGCUCACAUAGAAGCUCAAGGGCUUUGUUGCAAUUAAAUGUUGCUUGGAAAAAAAGAAAGUCUCCCCUCAGCUCUCAAAUGAUGAGGUAAAAUUCAGAGCGAUUACAUAGCUUUUCAGAAAUGGUUCAGGAUUAUAUGGAACUUUAAUCCUUUGGUGACAAAAGGAUAACUUGCGUAUAAGCUGAAUCCUCUCUUUAACAUUUCAGCAAUGCACUCUGAGCUGUGUGUUUUCAGCAACAGUUGUCAGAGUUGUGCUCUUAUGUAAUACGGCAGAGAGUUACCGUGAUUGACAGUGAGGCAGAUGUAUGCCAGACGUUUGAACCCGGCUGUAGAUCAAACGGUAGAGAGCCUGAGACCCUAAUCAGCCAGUCGAUUAGCAGCAAGACCUUAUAGAGACAAAGCUGAUGUAAACAUGCUUAAACACAAUUUCCACUAGCACAAUUAUAUAGAACCAUUUAUUCACUAUCAAUAUCACAGCUGUCUGUGGUGAGUUGCAUGUGUUUAAUAUAAUUAUUUGUAUAUUCUGACAGACAAAAUGCCUUUCACCAAACUGCUAAAAACAGAAUAAUUACUUUUAUUGUAGAAAUCUGCUUUGAUAUUUAAAUAACCUCUAAGCAGGAAAUAGUAUUUUUAUAAGACUUGAAUUGAACAACUGCGAUGGAAACAAAAUUUUUCCUUGCACACAUGCUUCAACAAACGUAAAAGCAGAUGUGAUUCUUUUAUAAAAAAUAAAAAAAGACAGAUAAACUGAAGAGAAUCUGAUCAGUUGUGAGAUGUCAGGUUUCUCUGAUCCAGCAGUGCCUUGGCUACAGCUAAGAAAAGCAGAGAUUAAAGCUGCUUCCACUGCUUCAUCCCUGUGACAGAGUAGGAGGAGCUGUCAGGCAAGGAUCUGUCCUUCAACAGUGUUGGUGAAAGGAGUCCAUGGAGUCGUUCUUUUAAAGCUUUCUGUUUUAUUUACAAAGCCGGAGGGUGAAGUGGGCGAAGUCACACAGUGAGGCUGUUGGCAGGCUCGGGAUAAAUCAGGUGUUCUUCACACUGGCAAAACUUGCCAGAAAAUACAAAACAAAAAAAAUAAGCACAAUAGAAAUUGGGUGAUCCGUUCUUAUUGUGAAUGGGACUCCAGCUGAGCCCUCCACAAGCCUUCAAAGGUGACUGUUCCACAGCUCUUUGGUGAUCUCAACACUCCUUUGUUCUCAUCCUGUGUGUUUUAGCUGAAGUUAUGGGACAAAAACAAAGUUUGGUGUCAAUUGGUUAUAUAUAAUGAAGGAGCUGUUUAAGAAAGGUCGGUAUGAGACUUUUAUAUUGCUUUUUUUUUAAAGGGAGAAGUUAUCAGUAUUAGUUUCUUUACCUGACCAGAUAAAUUAAUUACGAAUUUUUUAAAAAUGAGGCAACAAACAGAGCAGUAGACGGCUAAUGUUUUUUUAAAAAGGACCCCUAUGAUAAACUUACUUAAGCCAUUUAAGAAAAAAAAGUAUUUUCAUAAUAGGAUAUAUAAAAAAAUAGAAUACGGUAUGUUGCAGUCUUAAAUUAAUGAUCGUCCUAAUUAGCUGAAACUUGUCAGGCCACUUUAAAUUCACUAAAGAGGUAAACAUUUGGAUGUUAAAACAAUCUGUCAUUUCGGGGCUAAGGUUGAACAUUCUGCUCAUUCCGGUGCUUUUCCAGGUCCUAAUGUGCACCAUCCAAGGGUUCAGCCUGACUGGCCAGUCUGGUUAAAACAGACCAGACCAAUCACAGGCAGGGGUUUACACCAGAAUUACCUAUAAUGCAACUGUACUUUUUUGUUAACAUAGCAGCUAAGACUGCUUUAAAAUGAUUUGCAUUUUAAAAGUAGAUUUUAAUCUAUUUUAUUCCAUUUUUCUAAUUACAUAAAUUGAUCCAACCUGAGUUCUGUUUUUCUACACUCUAUUUUGAAUACACAAUAAGAUAAAUUAGUUAUCCUUUAUUUUUAUUCCCUUUGACUGUCAUCUAGGCUUCUUCCCUCAUGGUUCUGUCCAGUGUAUUUCAGUACAACCGUUGGUUACACUGAAUGUUGUCAAAAUUACACAUUAAUCAGGUCAACGCACUGAAUUUUAAUCAGUGUGAUGAUUGUUGAAACUUAUUUUAAAACACAUUUACAUUAUAAUUUAAAAAUGCAUGUAAGAAUAGAGGUAUGAAAACUCGAACCUAGUGCCCUUCGGGCUAACUCAGACUAACCCUGAGCUAACAUGUUUCCAUCCUAUUAGCAGACAGAGUUAAACUUUUGAAGGCAGAGAGAAGUGUCUAGGUCCAAAAAGGAUUCCCAAAUAGCUGGUCUGUCAAGCUGAACCGGGUGAUCGUUGGUGUUUUGUUGUUUUCUACCACUGCGUCGCAGUUUGCAUAUUAAGAGGAUAUAUGAACAUUGCCUCCAACAUGGAGGAAAGAUUGAAAAAUCCUGUUAAGAACCCUGUUUAAAUUGGGUUUAAUAUAAAAACCAAGUAAGUGGUCAAACUCAGAUGAUUAUAGAGCCAUUAAAAUGCAUUUAGUAAAUGGUCAAAACGUUUUACUCUUUUACUCUUCUAAAGAAAAACAAAACAUUUGGUAUCAUCUUAUUAUUCAGAGUUGGGCCCAGCUCAAUUCAUGCCAUAACUAAGUAUGAGAACUAAAACUGAUAACUUCUUGAAACUUCCCUUCAGAAAAUCUGGAUUAACUCUUUAAUCCUUGAAUGAGCCCGUGUUUUUUAUCCGCUUGUUAAAGGAUAAAUAUUUUUCUGGUAUUUUUGUGCCUAUUGAGAAAAGGCAGCUUGAUAAUUGUUGUUUUUUUUUGUUGUUUUUUUUUUUUUUUUUUUUCUUUUACUAAGCUGACUUUAAUAGCCUGAAAACAACACUAGCUGCGUUUUCAUUCAUUAUUGAUUAAAGGUUUUUGGCGUUGGGGUGAGGUGGCUUUACGGUCAUAUUGAAAUUGGUGCAUUUCACCAAACUAUAAUGGCAAUACUGGUUUGGUAUCACACGAGUUAAAGAAUUAUCAAUCAGAGGUUACUACUUGGCAAAAAGACAAAGAUCAUUGCACGGCAUGUGUUUAAUGAUUGAUCACAUGAACAAGCGUAUUUUCAUGUGAUUUAAUUGCAGAAACCACAUUGGUGAAUCUGGUUUUUUUUUCCACACUAGUAGAAUAUUGACAAUGUUUUGCACACAUUUAUAAUGGAAACGCAGCUAUUGAUGCUGAACUUUAGUAAGGUUUAAAUAAAAUCACAAGACUGCCUGUCCUCCCUGGUAACGAGAGGACUGCUUAGGUGAAAUGUGAUUAACUUAUCUGAAAUUCCAUAUCUGCCUUGUGAAAUGUGGGCCCUAGUGAAGUAUAUGGAGCUGAAACCAUGCUGAGUAUAUUCAGUUUGUGAGCAUGCAAAGACUGACAGCAAAAUAAUAAUAAAAAGAACAUGCUGUAAGUUGAGG